AUGUCUUCCCCGGCUGCCCCGAAGGAGAAGCUCUUCACCGGUAUUUCCGCCACUGAGACCAAGCUCCUGGUCUUGGCCAAUGUCUGCCUGAAGAAUGACAAGAUCGACUACGAGAAGCUUGCUUUGAACGCUGGCAUCAAGGCGUCUUCUGCUCAGACGCUCUUUCGCAAUGCCAAGCGCAAGCUAGACAAGAUGUACGGCAAUAGCAAUGCUGAUGCCAAUGCCAACGGUGCCACGGCCGACCUGUCGCCCGAGGAGACUCCCUCCAAGCGAGGAAAGUCCACCGCGAAGGCGCCUCGUACUCCAAAGGUUCUUUUGUCCCCCAAGGCGACCAAGACUUCAAAGACUGUGAAGUCCCCCAAGGCGACCAAGGCGACCAAGACCUCCAAGGGUGACAAGGCCGCUACCAAGACCGAGGAGAGUGCAGACCAGGUUUCCGCCAAGCCCGAGCUUAGUCCUACCACUGCAAAGUCCGCUGCUGAUGUCGCUGGAGGUACUUUCCACGGGGCCACCGUCACUGAGCCUGCCACUGAGCCAUCCGCAUCUGCCGCCACCACUGAGCAGACCGAGCAAGAUGAGGAGGCAAGCGACAAGAUCGACAACAACGACAAGGCCGCGCGUGAUCUGGUAGUGAACCAGCACCUUCCUGAGUCUCUACUUGCCAAAGAAGAUGAUACCUACGAGGAGGAGGCGCAGGAGGAUGAACAGCACCAGGAUUAA